AAACUCCAGACGAAAAUGGCAAAACUCAGCGAGCUGACAGUCUGAUUAUGAAGAAGAUAAAGAAAAAAAAGAAAAAGAAACAUCGGGAAGAUGUGAGGGGGAAAAGGCUGAAGAUGUACAACAAAGAAGUGCAGACAGUGUGUGCUGGACUCACUCGCAUUGACAAAGAGACUCUGUCUCAAGGACAGUGUGAUAACUUAGAAAUGAACAAGGAAUCCUUCAGGUAUCUGAAGGAUGAGCAGCUCUGCAGACUGAAUUUGGGUAUGCAGGAGUAUCGGAUACCCCAGGGAGUACAGACACCAUUUGUGACGCACCAGGAGCAUUCUGUUCGUAGCAGCUUCUUGAAGACUGGCACUAAAUUUAGUAACUUCAUUCAUGAAGAGCAUCAGUCCAAUGGUGGUGCUCUGGUCCUUCAUGCUUACAUGGAUGAACUCUCAUUUUUGUCUCCAGUGGAGAUGGAGAGGUUCGCAGAAGAGUUUCUUGCAUUGUCAUUCAGUGAAAAUGAUAAAAAUGCAGCCUACUAUGCUUUAGCCAUAGUACAUGGAGCAGCUGCCUAUUUACCAGACUUCCUGGAUUACUUUGCUUUUAACUUUCCUAACACUCCAGUGAAAAUGGAAAUUUUGGGCAAGAAGGACAUUGAAACAACCACAAUUUCAAAUUUUCACUCUCAGGUCAAUCGGACGUACUGCUGUGGCACCUACAGAGCAGGACCGAUGCGGCAGAUCAGCCUUGUUGGAGCAGUGGAUGAAGAAGUUGGGGACUACUUCCCAGAAUUUUUAGAUAUGUUAGAAGAAUCUCCAUUUCUGAGAAUGACCUUGCCGUGGGGUACUCUGUCUAGCCUCAGGCUCCAGUGCAGGUCGCAGAGUGAUGAUGGUCCCAUCAUGUGGGUGAGGCCAGGCGAGCAGAUGAUCCCGACAGCCGACAUGCCCAAGUCGCCCUUCAAACGGCGCCGGUCAAUGAACGAGAUUAAGAACCUCCAGUACCUACCUCGGACCAGCGAGCCCCGCGAGGUGCUGUUUGAAGACAGAACGAGAGCGCACGCGGAUCACGUGGGCCAAGGGUUUGACUGGCAGAGUACAGCUGCUGUAGGUGUUCUGAAGGCUGUGCAGUUUGGGGAAUGGAGUGACCAGCCUCGUAUAACCAAAGAUGUGGUUUGUUUUCAUGCUGAAGAUUUCACUGAUGUUGUACAGAGACUUCAGCUGGACCUGCAUGAGCCUCCAGUGUCACAGUGUGUUCAAUGGGUGGAUGAAGCCAAACUAAACCAAAUGAGACGGGAAGGCAUUCGCUAUGCUAGAAUUCAGUUGUGUGACAAUGACAUCUACUUCAUCCCCAGAAAUGUCAUCCAUCAGUUCAAAACCGUGUCAGCAGUCUGCAGCCUGGCCUGGCACAUCAGACUGAAACAGUACCACCCUGUGGAGGAGGAGUCUCAGCAUGCAGGCAGCACCUCCAGCUUGAGCAGCAGUGCCCCUGGGAAGGCGCAGUCGGACGGGGAGCCGCGGUGCCUGCGG